AUGCAUGCUUUUUUUGGAGAUAGGUAUGUACUGCUCCUGUUGCUGAUCAUGAAAACGCAGUGACUCUUUCAGAACGCACCGUUACUGAGCAGCACACACUGAGUCCCUCUUCUUCAGUGCUUUCAGCCAUCAAUCAGAUCUAUCGUUCACCAUCAUGACUGAGUCUGCCGAGGCGGUGGCUGCCAACGUGAGCAGCAGGAGACACGCCACCAUAGAGAUCACCAACCUGACAAACAACUACUGCUUCCUCAACCCAAAGGUUUAUCUGGAGAGCGGUGAAACCUCCAAUCCACCUCAGCCUACAGUGCGCCCCCUCAAGACCGAAGUGUGUACUUUCAGCAAGACUGCUGCACAUGCCACUGGCAGCGUGGGGGUUCUGACCUAUGACCUCUUUGAGCGAAGAAGAAAUGACUACACUGAGACCCUGGCCAUCAUGUUUUCUGUCCCUUGGGACUACAAUCUGUAUAAAAAUUGGUUUGCUGUGGGCAUCUACCCCAAAGGAAAAGAGUGUGACCAGGCACUUUAUAAAGAAAUGUACUACCAAAAGAACCAGCAUGGCUUUGUGAGGGAGGAGGCCAAUGGGUCAGGCAUUAACUUUGAGGGUAAAAACCUGGACAUCAGGGCCACCAUGUGUCCUAUGGGCAGGGCGAUCGUAAAAGUGGAGGUGUGGGACAAGCUGUUGAGUCCUAUGGCUCAGCUGGAUUGCUAAAUGUAUAAGUUAGUCAGCCAUUUCUGAAGCCAUUACUGAAUCAAAAUAAGAGGUAUUUCUUGAACAAAGAAAAUCAAACUGUACAGAUAUUGGAGUUUGAUUUAUAUAUAUAUAUAUAUAUAUAUACAGUUGAAGUAGCCCCCUGAAAUAAUUUUGACCUUAAAAUGUUUUUUAAAAAAUUAAAAACUGCUUUUAUUCUAGCCGAAAUAAAACAAAUAAGACUUUCUCCAGAAGAAAAAAUAUUAUCAGACAUACUGUGAUAACAUUUAAAAAAGAAAAAAAAUUCAAAGGGGGGCUUAUAAUUCUGACUUCAACUGUAUGUAUAUAUAUGAUUUUUUAUUUUCCCACACACAUUUUUAGUACACAAGCUUCAGGGCUAAGGAUUCUCAAAUAUGUACAUUUAUUUAAAUACUUAAAUAAAAAUUAACAAUAAUAAAAAUGAUUAUUAUUAUUAUUUUCAGUAAAUGAACCCAACACCAUUCUUAAAUUGAAUUUCCCUACUUCACAAAUUAUGCUGGUUUUGAUUAUAAAGUACCUGACAUUUUCUCUUUCAUGUUGAUUCAUGUUCUUAAAUGUUGACUGUUGUUCAUUUUAUGAAGCUGCACCAUAUAAACUAUACAAUACAUUCAGGAAUUUCCAAGAGAAUUGUAAUCAAAUACAAGAGAAACCAAUAAAAUACUAAUGGACAAUUA